CGGGCCGCGGCUCCUGAUUGUCCAAACGCAAUUCUCGAGUCUAUGGCUCUGGCCGAGAGUUGAGUCUGGACGUCCCGAGCCGCCGCCCCCAAACCUCGAGGGGGAGAGCGGGUCGGAGGGUCUAGGGAGAACCAAAGUGGAUGGUGGAGGGAGUCCCCAGGGUGGUAAGGGGAAUCCCGAGCACAUCGGGACCUAGGUGUGUUCUCUGGACUAGAGGGCAAAAGCGGCAGAGGAUCUUUUGCAGCCUUUUUCCCCGGAAUCCUGGAAUGGGGGUUACGGAGAAGUAAGGGGGGUUGAUCCCCAGAGUCGCCAGGGUACGCAGAGUGGGGGAGGUAGCCCUUUUCAGGAGCCCUCUGUCCCCUCCUGGGGUGCCAGAUAUUCCAGGCCCCGCCCCCUGGAGCUGAGGCCCCGGGUAGGGGCCUCUGGAAGGGAACCGAGGCUAAGGUUGGUGGCCGCGCGACGGUGCUGGGCCGGGGGCGGAGACCGUGGUUCCCUAAGUGGCGCAGAACUCCCGGGACGUAGGAUCCUCACGUGGGACGAGCUCGUCCCGUGGGCGGGAGAACCUCGGCGUCCACGUCCCGUCCCACCCGCGCCGCGAAUGGCGGGUGACGUCUCCGCCGGCGGGGGGGGUGGGGGGCGGGUGUAGCGGAGGAGCAGGCGGAAGUGACGUAGGGCCCCAGCGCCCGGGCCAUGGCGGCGGCGGUGGCGGGAGCUGCUGUCUGAGCAGCGGUUGCGGACCCAGCGAACUUGGCGCAGGAGCCCGGGCCUAGAGAGGGGCGCGGCGGCGGCGGGAGCGCGAACGGCUGGAGCUGGCCUUCCUCGCCUCCUCCUCGGUUGUAGAGCCCUGGUGGGGUGGUCUGUGCCCGGUCACCAUGACGACGCCGGCGAAUGCCCAGAAUGCCAGCAAAACGUGGGAACUGAGUCUGUAUGAGCUGCACCGGACCCCGCAGGAAGCCAUAAUGGAUGGCACAGAGAUUGCUGUUUCCCCUCGGUCACUGCAUUCAGAACUCAUGUGCCCUAUCUGCCUGGACAUGCUGAAGAAUACGAUGACCACCAAGGAGUGCCUCCACAGAUUCUGCUCUGACUGCAUUGUCACAGCCCUACGGAGCGGGAACAAGGAGUGUCCUACCUGCCGAAAGAAGCUGGUAUCCAAGCGAUCCCUACGGCCAGACCCCAACUUUGAUGCCCUGAUCUCUAAGAUCUAUCCUAGCCGGGAGGAAUAUGAGGCCCAUCAAGAUCGAGUGCUUAUCCGCCUGAGCCGCCUGCACAACCAGCAGGCAUUGAGCUCCAGCAUUGAGGAGGGGCUACGAAUGCAGGCCAUGCACAGGGCCCAGCGUGUGAGGCGGCCGAUACCCGGGUCAGAUCAGACCACAACGAUGAGUGGGGGGGAAGGAGAGCCCGGGGAGGGAGAAGGGGAUGGAGAAGAUGUGAGCUCAGACUCCGCCCCUGACUCUGCCCCAGGCCCUGCUCCCAAGCGACCCCGUGGAGGGGGCGCCGGGGGGAGCAGUGUAGGGACAGGGGGAGGGGGCACUGGUGGGGUGGGUGGGGGUGCCGGUUCGGAAGACUCUGGUGACCGGGGAGGGACUCUGGGAGGGGGAACGCUGGGCCCCCCAAGCCCUCCUGGGGCCCCCAGCCCCCCAGAGCCAGGUGGAGAAAUUGAGCUCGUGUUCCGGCCCCACCCCCUGCUCGUGGAGAAGGGAGAAUACUGCCAGACUAGGUAUGUGAAGACAACUGGGAAUGCCACAGUGGACCACCUCUCCAAGUACUUGGCCCUGCGCAUUGCCCUCGAGCGGAGGCAGCAGCAGGAAGCAGGGGAGCCAGGAGGGCCUGGAGGGGGCGCCUCUGACACCGGAGGACCUGAUGGGGGUGGCGGGGAGGGCGGGGGUGCCGGAGGAGGUGACGGUCCUGAGGAGCCUGCUUUGCCCAGCCUGGAGGGCGUCAGUGAAAAGCAGUACACCAUCUACAUCGCACCUGGAGGCGGGGCGUUCACGACGUUGAAUGGCUCGCUGACCCUGGAGCUGGUGAAUGAGAAAUUCUGGAAGGUGUCCCGGCCACUGGAGCUGUGCUACGCUCCCACCAAGGAUCCAAAGUGACCCCACCAGGGGACAGCCAGAGGAAGGGGACCAUGGGGUAUCCCUGUGUCCUGGUCCAUCACCCCAGCUUCUUUGUCCCCCAGUAUCCCCAGCCCAGCCCGCCAACAAGAGGACACAAAUGAGGACACGUGGCUUUUAUACAAAGUAUCUAUAUGAGAUUCUUCUAUAUUGUACAGAGUGGGGCAAAACACGCCCCCAUCUGCUGCCUUUUCUAUUGCCCUGCAACCUCCCAUCUAUACAAGGUGUUGGAGAAGGUGAAGAACCCUCCCCUUCACGCCCUCCUACCAACAACAAACGUGCUUUUUUCCUCUUUGAAA